CAGGUGCGAAGCGGAGAGCAGCGAUGGACCAAGCGAUGAGUAAAUUGCUUGCACUGAGAGCCGAAGAUGAGAUGGUUGAGAAAGCGUUGAAGAAGAAACGCAAACGUUCGAAGAGAGAGACAGAGACUGAGAAACCGAUCUUAGUGAGAAGAGUGCCGGAUGCUGUGCCAGCUACCGAGAACACCAUUCAAACUGAGACAGUACCGCGACCCGCGCCUGAACAGCAACGUCAAGUUGAACGACCCCGCGCCCCGACGCCAAAACCAACGAUGUCCGACGCUUCGGAAAAUGAACGCAGUUCUUCGGACUCCGAAUCGGACUCGGAAGAGUCGGAUGAUGAUUCGUCUGAUUCCAGCUCCGAAGAGGAAGAAGAGGAGAACGGAGAUGAUUCUGGAACUGGAGGAGGUGCUACGUCGAACAGUACCCAAAACCCUCCGCCUCCUCCUCCACCAUCUGGAAAUAGUACGAGUACACAGAGUGAGCCAGCGACUGAGACGAAACCGAAGAAAUCGUCUAAGAAGUCGAAAGAGAAGAAAACGCGUUCCAGUAGGAAAAACCAUCUGACAGAGAAUAUGAUGCGAAGCAAUCAUGAAACGCGUAAGGUACUGACGAAGGAGGUGAGAAUCGAGACGUGGCAUCAGAUGCUACAGUUGGAUGCUGAGAUCUACAAUAUUAACCUCACGAAGCGGACCAAGAGGAAAGCUGAGGAGAAGCAGCUUCGUAAUCUCGUCCUACACAGACUAGACGAAUAUUAUUUUGCGAGAGUAGGGCAUAUUACGCCUGUACAGAAGAUGAUCGACGCCAUUUUCGACUUACGGAGAGUAGAGAGGAACGUGAGUAGGGGUACGAUCAAGUCCGAGUUCAACAAGUUAAUGCUAGGUAGAGGGGAAACUCUCGACGCUUUCUUUGGGCGUAUGGACGAACUUACCUACGACUUUAAGAUGCAAACGAAAGGGGAAGAGAUUCCCGAGCCAGAGAUCUUUGAUAGGAUAGUAGAGGCGACAGAGUCUAUCUAUACAGAGCUUAGGGUUAUUCUUAAGUCUAAGGGCGAAUAUCCUCAUACGAGUCUCGCUGACCUUAAGUUGUUGUUGUUACAGCUGGAGUCUGAACGGAGAGGUGGGCCGCAGCAGGCCAACUAUGCUAGUCACCGACCAGUUACCCGACGGAGCGACGGAAAGCCCCAACCGAGACCGCCUUACAACGCAGAUACCCUACCGAGACCGCCCGAUCACAAUUGUUACAACUGCUCCAACCCGGAUCACUACGAUUACGAAUGUCCGAAGUGGGAAGAUGGACCGAGGUGCUUCAGAUGUUCGGAGUGGGGUCAUUUUGGAACGACGUGCUACAAUCCCCGCGUAUUCUACAAACACGAAUUCGCAAAGUACCGAGAUAGUUCCCGAGACAACCGGAUCAGAGAUACAAUUAACGGAGCAGCCCAAUUAAUUAGGGGUGAACGGCAACCGGAGGAUUUUAUGGGUAUACCGAGAUUCGACCGAGACGCGAGAAACGAUAUCGAAGAAAAUCGUCGAAGACAUCAAUCGUCGAGCCGUUACCGGUCACCAAACCGCGACGAACAACAUCGCAGCCGCUCAUCCCCGCCGAGGGAAACCGAUAAGAGUAGCCGGAGCGCAACAGACAGAGAUGCAACCCAAACCGAGAAUCGCCGACAGAGCUCAUCAACGCAUUCGUCAGCCAGCGGUCCAUCACCGCCACCCGGACGCGGUCGCUCUAUGGCGAGACCGGAGGGAGCGCGACGCCUACGUAAUUUUCCUGCGAUGCUUGUAGAUCCGCACAUUGAAGAGGAAUCGCCGUACACGUCUUUCCUACUGAUGGAGCUACCGGACAUCGACGUUAACUCGCUCAAUGGAACCCAAGCUGGAUUGAUCUACAACCACAUCGCUAAGUGGGAACAGAUGUUGGCUUGGUUUAGAACGCGAGUGGAACUGAGAAUUCACGCGAUUAACGUCGAGGCGAGAAAACCAACAGAGAUCGAGCCUGUAUUCGAUAUAGGCGGCGUCGAGUAUUCGUCGUUUUUGGACACCGUCGGACCAGCCAUUAUUGGCCAACCGAUGGUUCAACCGCCGCCUGGUUUUCCGCCGAUUCCACCAGUCCCGAAGCCGGUCUACCUGGAACAUACGAAAGAACAGACGAUGCUGCCGUUUACCAACACACCGCAGCCAGGAACCAGCGCUUCGACGUCGAAAACAGAGAAACCGGUUGAAAUGAAUCCGAUUGGGUGUAUUAAGGCGCCGGAGAAUAAAACAGAGAAAGGAUCAAGCCCAAAUAAACCGCAAACGAAAGCCGCGAAGAAAGAAGGCACUUCAACGGACGAAAUUUUCAAAAAGUUUCGUGAACAGAAUCCGAACGCCGGUAAAUCACCUUUGAAUCUUGGAAAGGUGUAUAAUCCACGCAGGGACGCGAGGACACCGAAGAAAACGGAUACGAACAGAGAAGGCCCGGAACAUCGUAAACCGACGAAGCCGACUAAACUCGAUCGUACAAUUGCGGCGCCGAAACCCCCAACCCCGCCACCGAUGCCGGAAAAACCGUUGUGGGAAGUUAAAUCGACGAAAGCGGUUACCGAAGCCGAAAUGGAUACAACGGCUCAAUCCGAAGCGAAAACCGACAACGAGUGGAACAAGCCAGGCCCGAGUUCAGCACAGAGUAAUGCAACAGAGAAGCCGCAUUUAAAUUCGUUAGGCCAAGAUAUGAAUGCGCCGCGGCCACGCACGCCCGAAAUCAUCCGGCAAAACCUACUAAUUCGGCCAGACAUUCCGUGCGAAGAAGAAUGGGAAAUUGGCGACGGAGAAGUGAUUGAUCGACGGAGAGCGAAUUAUCGUUCCGUUAAUUUCAUGUACGUGAAGCAGAUCAUGGAAUUGAACUUCACGAAGGUCAACGAGAGGCUCACCGAGAUCGAAACGCGCCUUCACCGAGAGCAGGUUCCUGAUGAAGCAGACGAGGGAAGGCCGAUGCCGGAUGCCGAGAGAGCCCUGUUAACCAGGCAACAGGAGGAGUUAAACGACGCAGCGAUGGCGAUCACGCGCGUAUUGGAAGAUCCUGGUUCAAUUGAAGACGCGAUUGAAGGUCUGCAUCAAUUAAUCGAGAUGUCGCGUAUUUACCACUUUGCGCUGGAUGAACACCCGCAACGCGUAUUAAUGAUGCUGCGAACAGAGAACCUAACUAUUGAUGAACGUAGACGUCAGAGAAAUCGCGAACGGAGACACCGCAAUCGAGCGCAUCGCCGAAACGCCGAUAACGUAGACGACGGUAUUGACGUCGAUUAUUUUUCCGAUUCUGAAGAUCGUGGUCCAGGCGAUGCUGCGCCGAAUUUUCAAUUACUAGGCGAACGUUUACUUGAUGAAGCCUAUCAACGGAGAAAUCAACACGAUAACGACGAUCAACCAAUGGGAUAAACAGAGAGAAAAACAGAGAAAAAUUUUUUUAUUUUGUAAUUUGUCGUUGAAUUGUUCCGAAUAUUCAUGUGUUGAAUCUGUGUUCCUGUUUAUUUGAAUUUUGUGAUUUAUUUGUUCCUGUUAAUUAUAAGCUGUAAAUAUGUUUUUGCGAAAGAUGAGUCGCGCAGGGAGGGAGUGUUAGCCGCCAGGCUGCGCUCCUCAACACAGAGAUACUUCGCCCGUGUAACGCGGCCCUGCCGCGCUACGAGCUACGUACGCUCGUGUAACUCUUCGCACUUGCUGUUUAGUUAUACUACGUGUUAGAUGUGUUCUCCGUAUUAUUCCGAGUAUUGUUUUGUUUGAUGAAGUAUUGUUUUGUUUGAU